GUUAUUUAAGACGGCGGUGCUUCUGAUUUCCAUAACACCUCUCUCUGCUUUUCAUUUCACCGGAAUUAAUGGCGAAACUUCCUUUGAUCUUCGCUUUCUCUCUUGCUCUCUCCGAUUUCUUCUUCUUUUCCGGCAAUGCUUUUGCGCCGUCGGGAUGGAACCCCGCCCACGCCACCUUCUACGGCGACAGCGACGCCUCAGGGACAAUGGGCGGAGCUUGUGGGUAUGGGAACUUGUACCAGACGGGUUAUGGGACGAGAACGGCGGCGCUGAGUACGGCGCUGUUUAACGACGGUGCAUCGUGCGGUCAAUGCUUCAAGAUCAUUUGUGAUUACAAGACGGAUCCACGGUGGUGCAUUAAAGGGGCGUCGGUGACCGUGACGGCGACCAAUUUCUGCCCGCCUAACUAUGCUCUGCCCAACAACAAUGGCGGUUGGUGUAAUCCUCCGCUUAAGCACUUCGACAUGGCUCAGCCUGCUUGGCAGAAGAUUGGCAUUUACAGAGGCGGAAUCAUCCCCGUCCUCUUCCAAAGAGUUCCAUGCAUGAAGAAAGGAGGCGUGAGGUUCACCGUGAAUGGACGAGACUAUUUUGAGCUAGUUUUGAUAAGCAACGUGGGAGGGGCUGGAUCCAUCCAAUCGGUAUCCAUUAAAGGAUCCAAAUCCGGCAAUUGGACGCCAAUGUCGAGGAAUUGGGGCGCCAAUUGGCAGUCCAAUUCCUAUCUGAAUGGCCAAUCUUUGUCGUUCAAGAUCACCACUAGCGAUGGCCAGACCCGAGUGUUCAAUAAUGUUGUGCCUUCAAGCUGGCGGUUCGGCCAGACAUUUGGAAGCAAGGUCCAAUUCAGCUGAGCACCACGCCGGCGAUUGGAGAGGCAGAGGCGUGCCGAGUGGUUUUUUUCAAUCUACGGCAGCAGCCCGCCACCUGAAGAGACGAUCCAUGGGCGUUUGAAUUUGUGGCAGCAAAGUAAUAAGAAGCCUAAGCAAAUUACUUAAUGGCUUCAACACUUAGUUUUUUUUUUUUUCCUUACAUUUUUAAGGUCACUUUGUAAUUUCAAUGGCUUUGUUACUCUUCUAUAAAUUAUAUACUACUUGACUAUGC